CUCCCUAAUGCCAGGUUAAAAACCCCAGGCAAGUGCUGUUUGCAAACCUGCCUGCUGCGGACGCCCUAGAGCUAGAGACUUCACUCGCGGGAAGCCAGCAUGUCAGCUGUGGUCCCGGAGAACCGAGGCUUCGGCGGGCAAUUCUCCAAUUUUGGACAGGAAACAAGCUAUAUAGAAGACAACUCCAAUCAAAAUGGCGCCAUAUCCCUGAUCUUCUCACUCAAAGAGGAAGUUGGUGCACUGGCCAAAGUCUUGCGUUUAUUUGAGGAUAAUGCUAUAAACCUGACCCACAUUGAAUCCAGACCUUCACGUUUAAAGAAAGAUGAGUAUGAAUUUUUCACUUAUCUGGAUAAACGGAGCAUGCCUGUUCUGGCAAACAUCGUCAAGAUCUUGAGACACGACAUCGGUGCCACAGUGCAUGAGCUUUCCCGGGAUAAGGAGAAAGACACAGUGCCCUGGUUCCCGAGAACCAUCCAAGAGCUCGACAGAUUUGCCAAUCAGAUUCUCAGCUAUGGAGCCGAACUGGACGCAGACCACCCGGGUUUUAAAGAUCCUGUGUACCGAGAAAGGCGGAAGCACUUUGCUGACAUUGCCUACAACUAUCGACAUGGGCAGCCCAUCCCUCGAGUGGAAUACACGGAGGAAGAAAAGAAAACAUGGGGCACGGUGUUCAGGACCCUGAAGUCCUUGUAUAAAAGCCACGCUUGCUACGAGCACAAUCACAUUUUCCCACUUCUGGAAAAGUACUGUGGCUUCUGCGAAGAUAACAUUCCUCAGCUGGAAGAGGUUUCUCAAUUUCUGCAGACUUGCACUGGUUUCCGCCUUCGACCUGUGGCUGGCCUGCUUUCCUCUCGAGAUUUCUUGGGUGGCCUCGCCUUCCGAGUGUUCCACUGUACCCAGUACAUCAGACAUGGGUCCAAGCCCAUGUAUACACCUGAACCUGACAUCUGCCAUGAGCUGUUGGGACAUGUGCCCUUGUUUUCAGAUCGCAGCUUUGCCCAGUUUUCCCAGGAAAUUGGCCUCGCCUCUCUGGGUGCCCCUGAUGAGUACAUUGAGAAACUCGCUACGAUUUAUUGGUUUACUGUCGAGUUCGGGCUCUGCAAACAAGGGGACUCCAUAAAGGCAUAUGGUGCUGGGCUCCUGUCAUCCUUUGGUGAAUUGCAGUACUGCUUGUCUGACAAGCCAAAGCUCCUCCCCCUGGAUCUGGAGAAGACAGCUGUCCAGGAGUACACCAUCACGGAGUUCCAGCCCCUGUAUUACGUGGCUGAGAGUUUUAAUGAUGCCAAGGAGAAAGUGAGGAAUUUUGCUGCUACAAUCCCGCGGCCCUUCUCAGUUCGUUAUGACCCGUACACUCAAAGGAUUGAAGUCUUGGACAAUAUCCAGCAACUUAAGAUUUUGGCUGACUCCAUCAACAGUGAAGUUGGAAUCCUUUGCAGUGCCCUCCAGAAAAUAAAAUGAAGCCAUGGACAGAACAUGGUCUGAAAACUGAGAAUCUGUUGAUGGAAAUCUAAUUACUUCUUUCAUUUCAUCUGAAAAAGUCUGAAAAGCAAACCUUAACUUGAAAUGAUAGCCUUAAAUCCUUUUUGGAGCAAGAUGGAGAAUCAACAAAUAAAUCAAAAUACACUGAAAUGACAGCAUAUUAAUAUAUACCCAAAAGCAUAAUGGUGGAUCUUUUGGGGUCAUCUUUGAUUUAGAUAUAGUAAUCCCAUACUCUCAAUUGAGUUAAAAUCAAUAAUCUGUCAUAUUUCUUCAAAGUUAGUUAAAAUUUGUGACAUGCUUCAUUCAAGCUUCAUAUAGGCUUUUGUUAUUUGCCAUAGAGAAUUCCUAAAGGAGUAUAUAUCGCUCAAUGUAAAACACAAGCCUGUCAUUAGAAUUGAUUUUUGGGGUUUAAUAUAAAUCUUAACCUACAAAGGUAAUUUUCUAUUUCAGUGAACUAUGAUUCUAAUUACUGCUUUGUUAUUUUGCCUGUGUAGAUUUCCUUUAAUUCAGUAGUCCAUUAAAAUAGUAAUUUUACAUUAAAGUUC